AUGCGGGGGCGUCCGGUGGUGGACGCUGUUCUGACGGGGCCGGCCAUCGACAGCUACGACCGCACCGCGUGCCUGGCUCUGUCCCCAGGUAGCCACACGCUGCAGUGGGCGCUGGGCUGCGAGCGGGAGCCCGGGGGGGUGGUUCGCGGCUGGUACCAGUUCGGUUACGACGGGCAGGACCUGGUGGUGUUCGACCGGGGGAACCGGCGAUGGCUGGCGGCUCUGUCCUGGGCCGAGACCACGCGGCGCCGCUGGGACGCUCAGCCUGAGUUCGGGGAGCGGCUGCACCGGUACCUGGGGGACACCUGCGUGGAGUGGCUGGGCCGGUUCCUGCGCAGCCGGCGUGCCUGGGCCAGGAGGGCAGCCGCCCCCCAGCUGCAGGCCUGGUCCCGCCCGACCCCCGGGCUCCCGGGCUGGCUGACUCUGGGGUGCCAGGCCUGGGGUUUCCCCACGCGGGACAUCGAGGUGUCCUGGCUGCGGGGAAAUGCGACGCUGCCGGGGGGCGAGGCUGGCGUGGGGCUGCCCAGCGGGGAUGGGUGCUACCAACGCCAGAGCUACCUGCGGGUGCCCGAGAGCGGGGCCCAGGGGGUGCGGUGCCAGGCCAGGCACGGGGACCUGGAGAUGCCGCUGGAGACUACGUGGGGUAGGUGUGCCCCCCAGAGACCCCCGUCGUGCCGAGGGGGUCACCUCAGGGGGACUGUGCCCCUGCUGCGGGGGCAACCGUCUGCUCACUCGCUCUGGGCUGGAGGAAACAGGGGACCCUGA